AUGGCGCCUCCGACGAAUCGACAAGAGAUCUUGGCCAACCUGCGGGGGCAAAUCGCCGAUGGCAAGCCCAUUGUCGGCGCUGGCGCUGGUAUCGGUCUCUCUGCCAAGUUCAUCGAGGCCGGCGGCGGCGACCUCAUCAUUAUCUACAACAGCGGUCGUUUUCGCAUGGCCGGUCGCGGUUCGCUCUCAGGUCUGAUGCCAUACGGCAAUGCAAACGACGUUGUGCUCGACAUGGCCAAGGAAGUUAUACCCGUCGUCAACCACACGCCUGUGGUUGCCGGCGUUUGCGGCACGGAUCCCUUCCUUAACACCAACCACUUCCUCCGCCAGCUGCGCGACCUCGGCUUCGCCGGCGUGCAGAACUUCCCUACUGUCGGCCUCAUCGACGGCCAGUUCCGCGCCAACCUGGAGGAGACGGGCAUGUCGUAUGAUCUCGAGGUGGAUAUGGUGCGUGCUGCCCACGAGAUGGAUCUUCUCACGACGCCGUACGUCUUCAACGUCGAGGAGGCCCAGAAGAUGGCAACCGCCGGCGCCGAUAUUCUCGUUGCACACAUGGGACUCACGACGAGCGGCUCCAUCGGCGCCGCUUCUGGCAAGACGCUCGACGAGAGUGUCAAGCUCAUCCAGCAAAUUCGGGACGCGGCCGUCGCAAUUAGUCCGGACAUCUUGGUGCUCUGCCAUGGCGGACCGAUUGCCGCGCCAGACGAUGCUGCCUAUGUGCUGGGCAGAACCAAAGGUGUGCAUGGCUUCUAUGGCGCAAGCUCCAUGGAGCGUUUGCCAGUUGAAGAGGCAAUUACGAAUAUCACGAAAAGCUUCAAGGGGCUGAAGCCAAGCGCCGCAUAG